UCAAAGAAUAAUCUACUUACGUACGUUUCCGUAAAAUAAUUGAAUGAUGGAUGAAGUACAUGUACAUAGGGAAUGUCUAUUAGAUAACGGCUGAAGUGUAAUUGCAUAUAGUGAUAUGUGUGCGGCGUGCAUAAUGCAUUCUAACAGAAGCCUUACAAACUGUGGAAAGCGUCAGCCCCAGAUUGCAACAGUGUAUCGGUAGCGCCACCUCUGAAUGAGUGACUGUAAUUCAAAGUUAUAAUACAAUCGAUAAACUACACAUUAUGUUACAGAAUUAUAUUAAUUUAAUAUAAUAUCAUAUCAUUGUUCUACUGAUUUAAAAUUCCAUUUUACAUUGAUGUCGUUCAUAUAUUUUAUUAAAAUAUAUUAAAAUAUACUGACGUGUCAUAUGAUUGUUGUAAACAUAACCUAUAAUUGUAAAUGAUGUUUGUAGUGGCACGUGAAAGAAACUUUAAACGUAGGUAAUUUUUAAUUUUUUUAAAUAACUUUAUCGAAUUAUGUAACAAGUAAAACUCCAAAAGAAAAUUUUAUAUCACCACAUUCAGCGUUUUAAUAUAAGUAUUUAAAAUGGAUUUGAGUACCAUAAAGGGAAGUAAAUUUCCUUUCAUACCAGGGACAAAACCUUCUAUCAAAAAUUCACAGUUACUUAUCUCGUCCGGUAUUCCUUCUUUGGAUCAUAUAAUAGGAGGUGGAUUGCCUAUUGGUUCUUUAAUGGUCAUUGAGGAUGAUCGAUAUAGCACUUAUGCCAAAGUUAUGUUGGAGUACUUCAUAGCUGAAGGUGUGGUCACUAAUCAGCCAGUACUAAUAGCAUCCAAAGACUUAGAAACAUCGCAGUUUAUAUCAGAGUUGCCAGCUGUUAUAACAGAUAAUGGGCCAAGCGAACAGAUACAUCAUUCUGAUGAUCAAAUGAAAAUUGCUUGGAGGUAUCAGAAUAUGAAGGUCGUUGAUUCAUCCCCGAGUGGAGGGCAAUCUUUUGGUCACUUUUAUGACCUUAAGAAAACAAUGGAUAAAGAAACCAUAGACAAAGCAGAUAUAACACAUUGGUAUGACAACAGUUGUCCCACAAAAGAUAAUACAUUUGAGAACUCUGCUUAUUCAAAACUGUUACAAUCCAUUCAAGAAACAAUCACAAAAGGGCAAUAUUCGGUAUCAGAAACACCAGCAAAGAGACAAGUUCUAAGAAUUGCGAUUCACUCAUUAGGAUCAAGAUUAUGGUUCACUGAUUCUGAAGAGAAUUCAAAUCAAGAUUUACUAAAAUUUUUAUAUCUCCUUAGAGUACUCUUAAGAUAUUCUUACACAGUUGCAGUAAUAACAAUACCCAUAGAUUGUUUAAAUAAUUCGAGUGAUGUCGUACAACGCAUUGAACACUUGUCGGAUGUCAGCAUUGGAUUAGAAUCGUUUAUGGGCUCGCAGAAAGAAACCAAUCCGAUAUUCAAGGACUACCACGGAUUAUUGCACCUAAAAAAAUUACCCGCCUUGAAUACAAUAGCCAAUCAUGUUCCAGAUUCACGAGAUCUCGUGUUCAAGUUGCGCCGCAGAAAAUUUGUCAUCGAGGUUUUACAUUUACCACCUGAACUGGGAGACACUACGCAAAGGGAACAAGACGAAGUUCCGUCGAACGCUGGCUGCGGCGGGCAGUUGCGCAAAAAUUUUGAUUUUUAAUGAAACGAAUGUCGCACGUUCGACAACUGUAAAUACAUUUUCCAUACGGACGUAUUUAAUAAAAAUCUUUGUACACACGUU